CCCGAGAGUUCUUGUUGGUUUCCCGUUCCCGCUUUCCCAUCAGUUCAAAAGUUUGAUUACCUUUUUACAUUUUUGGAAAUUAAGUGCUGCUAAAUGUAAAACCCUAACACUCCUCAUUCAAACAACCAUUGUUUCCAUCUUCGACGGCCACGUCUCGAAUCGGAAUUAUGCUCUGAAAGCACAGUGACAAAGAUGUCCAAAGAAAACGUUAAUGUCACGCCUCUCUCGCACUCCACCAGCCAGACUUGGCAGCUAAAAACACCUCGGAUCUCUCUGAAUUUUAGAGCUGCCAAGCCUUUCCUUGAUCGUAAACGGACUAGCGAUGAUACCUAUUCUCAGCGCCACUAUCCUCACGAAUAUAAUGAUGGAAUAGAAAGAGAAUUGCCAGCUUCAAAUACUGGCAUCAAGAGGAUUGCUCUUAUGGAGAUGCCUACGAACACUCCUCGAUUUUCCACCACUGGAUACAAGUCAAUAAAUCGUCAACACGGCGACUUUUCAAGUGCCAGAUCGGUAGCUGGUGCUAUAGACAUCGGAUGCAUGUCUGGUCCUUUUAUGACCCCGAUAAAACAACCAGCUUUCUCUAAUUUAAGUGAUCCGUUUUUGACUCCUAGCCUUCUAGACGAGGAUUUUGAUGAAUCUAUAUUUGAAGAAAUUGAUGCAAUAUGUGAACAUCAGUCUGCAGCAAAAGCAGAGGAGGAGGAGGAGGAUCUGAAUGUCAAAGUCAACAUGGAACGUCAGCAAAAUGAUAAUAUUAACAGAAAUGAUCGCACUGCUACCUUGCUUUUCACUAUGAAUGAGAAUGUCAGAGCAGAAAGUGCAGUUGAUACCAGGAAUUAUUUUGGGUUAAAAGAGGAGGAUUUAUGUACUUUGGGGGAUAAACAAAGUGGGAAUAUGCCUGAUGAGUAUUCAAGAUACUUGCAAUCUUUGAAUGAUAAACAGCGUGAAGCAGCUUGUAGUGAUAUAUCUAUUCCUUUAAUGAUAGUUGCUGGUCCUGGAAGUGGAAAGACUUCCACAAUGGUUGGUCGUGUUCUGAUGUUGCUCAAUGAGGGUGUUAGUCCAUCAAACAUAUUGGCAAUGACUUUCACUACAGCUGCCGCUUCUGAAAUGAGAGAACGUAUCUGUGCAGUGGCUGGAAAGGCUAGAGCUAAGGAACUUACAAUCAGCACAUUCCAUUCUUUCUCUUUACAGCUGUGUCGUUCACAUGCAGAGAAGAUAGAGCGCACAGCAGAGUUUCUAAUAUAUGGACAUGGACAACAAAGGAGAGCAAUAAUUGAGGCAGUGAGGUUAUUAGAAAAUGAAAAAAGUGGACAGCAGCAUAAUUCCUGCAAAUCCUCUGGAAUCGAAAAUUCCAAUGGUGUGAGACAUUUUAAGGAUAGAUCAAAGAAAUGGCAGAAGUUUGUGAUUCAGGCAAAAGCUUCUGGGAGAACUCCUGAAGACUGCCGUAAAAUGGGUGAUCAAAUAGGAGCUGAAGUUCUUGGAAAUUACAAUGACAUCUUAAGAUCGUGCAAUGCUUUAGAUUAUCAUGACUUAAUCAUUUGCUCAGUGAAGCUCCUCACUGAAUAUGACGCAGUGUACAAGGAGUGCCAAGAUUCAUGGAAAGCCAUCAUAGUAGAUGAAUUUCAGGAUACCAGUGCAACACAAUAUAGACUUCUGAGGAUUCUUGCAUCCCAUAACCACAUAACGGUUGUUGGUGAUGAUGACCAGUCCAUUUUCAGCUUCAAUGGAGCUGACAUUUCUGGUUUUGAUUCAUUUCGCAAAGAUUUUACAAGCUACAAGGAGAUAAGACUUGUCAGAAACUAUCGCUCCACGCGUUGUAUUGUUGAGGCUGCAUCAUGUCUUAUUCAAAACAAUACCAAAAGAUGCCCGUCAAAGAAUUUUCUUUCUGAAAAUGCCUAUGGAUCUAAGAUCACAAUCAAGGAAUGUUACAAUGAGGAUGCACAAUGUGCCUUUGUUGUUGACAAGAUCUUGGAAAUUGCGUCUAACAGUACUGCUGGUAGUUCCUCCUAUGGAAAUAUUGCAAUUCUUUACCGGAGGCAGGUCACAGGAAGAGUUUUUCAAACUACCCUCCGGAAUAGGAAAAUACCAUUUAAUCUUCACGGUGUAGCUUUUUACAGGAAAAAGGUAGUUAGAGCUAUUAUUGCUAUGCUUAAAACAACAUUGCCUACUUGUGAUGAUAGUCCCUAUCGUAAAGUGUUCAAGGCUUUGCUUCCUUUAGAAAAAGAGGAAAAGAAGAGGGUAAUUGAGCAUGUGGAAAAAAUUACAGAAUGUAGAAAAUGCAGCUUCAUAUCAGCUGCCUGUGACAUCUUUAAUGCAAAGAUUUCUGGUACCUUUAAGAGAAGUCAACUUACACAAGGUCGUAAAGUGCUACAGACAUUGGAAAUGAUAUCCAGACUUGUUCGCAGGGAACAAUCAAUAUCAGCUGUUAUAACUUCAGUCUCAAACAUGAUACCUCAGAAAUACCUUCUUGAACAACGAGCUGUCAUAGAUGUUGAUGGAGGAAAAUUACUCAAUGAGGACAAUGAUGUCAGAUCUGUUCUUGAAUAUCUACUUGAUGAUGUUUCUGAUUUCCUGUCUACUCAAUCUACUGAUAGAAAAGAGAAGAUAGAGACUGGCGAAGAAAAAGGCAGUGUCAGUUUACUAAAUUCUUUCAUUGACUACAUAACUGAACGUGAGAGAGAAAAUUUCCGUUCUCGAAGACAUGACAAUGAAAAUUCAGUUACCUUGACUACCAUUCAUCAGUCAAAAGGCUUAGAAUGGGAUACGGUCUUCAUAGUGAAGGCAAAUGAAACAGAGAUUCCUCUGUUACAUGAGUUCAAUGGUGCUGCAACCGAAAAUGGGACAUCACUCGAGGAGGAACGACGUCUUCUAUAUGUGGCAAUGAGCCGUGCUCGUCAAAAGCUUUUCAUUCUGUAUGUUACAGUGGAUUCAAAUUGGCAGAUGCUUCAACCUUCACGUUUUCUUAAAGAAAUUCCAGAUCAUCUUCGAGAAAUUCAGGCUGAAGUAACCAGGAAUGAUUUAAAAACCACACAUCAAGUUAUUGCAAAAGGAACUGAACGAUUCUCCAUGGAUCUGCCAAGCAAAAAGCAAUCAAUUGAAGCAGACAUGGUGCAAAACAAUUUCCCUGACGCUCAAGAUGGAGCCUCAAAAGAGACUAUAGAAUCAGUUGAGGCCUGCAAUGGAAGUAAUUUUUUAAAAAGGUUUGGUGUGGAGGAGAGAUCAAUCAUCUCCCACUUAUUCCAUCAAUGGGCCAAGAAGCAAGCCUUUCAAGAGCCUAGGAGAUUGCUUGACAAGGUUCGCUUUGUAAUUGACGAGCGUCUGAGAGUCAAAAAUUAUAAACACAAGGAAGUUCUGCGUGAAUUAAAGCCAUGUUUGAGUAGCGAGGAAGCAUUUCAGUAUGCAGAAUAUAUAGUGAAGUGGGAGCAAAUUCCUGCUGAUAAACGUGCUCACUUGAUGCGGGAGAAGCAGGAGCGUUUCCAGAAACUAAGGAUGGAGAGUUCAAUGGGUUCAUCAUCAGCAACGCCAAAACAGAUUGCCUAUCUGCAAAGUUUGGGGUGCACCGUUAUUCCUACUUCAAGACUUCAUGCUUCCCGUCUGAUAGAACAGUACAAAUCACUGUGACUCAUUCUAAUAUGAAGGGUGAAAAGGUCAUAUUAUCCGACUCAGACACGAAAUUUUGAACUCUCAACGAUACUCUUAUGUUCCUAUAGAGCAUAAAUUCAUAUGAUGCAAGUGGCUCCCAUAUAACCAUACUUAAAUACUUUAUUUAUAAGUGGAUACUUUUAGUUCUUUGGGUGGUUGGCACCAGGGGCCUAAAACAAUCCAUUGCAAGAUCUGUACGCAUCAUUUUCACUA